AAGCUAGCGAGGCUGGACAUGGACCAAGGACUCCGGGUUCAAGUCAACAGCAGCCGCUUGCCUCCAGCAAUUUGAAAAAAACGGAGCCUGGAGUCGAGCAAAGGACAAAGAGUCGAAACACCUCUGUCCUUCCCCGCCCUUGUGACUCUCACACAUUGCCCUUAUUCCCCACUUUCAGAGUCUCAAAGAGAGACAUCUAUCUUAGAGAUUUUUAUAAGCACGGAAACCAUUUCUACAUGAGAGACGUACACACCCCUGCAAGGAAACUCCUGGCUUCCAGCACUUCUCUGAGGUCAGCACCUAUUGGACUCCACCCUCUGGGAAUGAGGGCACUCAGCAUGACUUCUAUCUAGGUCGACCCAACUUGCAUUUCUGAAAGCUGGAAUCAGGCUCUGAGGAUUCUCAAUGGGCAGGGCUCUGCCCAGUGUCUGUGUGUGGGGGUGAUGCACACAGCAGGGGACUAGCAGGUCCCCAGAUCCACGCAGUGGGGUGAACACACCCAGCUCCCCAAAGGAGGAUCUGUUCAGACGGAGCUUGAAAGUGGAGAACUCCAGGAACUUCGUCUUCUGGAAAACUGCCACCUACCGUUUUCUUUAGAAUGAUCAUCUAAUGCCCUGCGUUUAAUAAAAAUAUAAUAAGAAAUUCACUAUCAAGAAACUCUUUUUCCCUGAACUCAGGGCAGUUCCUGAAACUCGAGUGACUUCCCAUAACUUGAUGUUUCCUUCCUGAAUGUUGGACCUGGGUGUCAGACCUCACGUGCAUGGAUUCUGAAUCCUCCUUCCCGCCUCCUCCUUGCUUGGCUCCGCCCUGGAAUCUUUCGGGUUUAGUCCAGCCGCGCAAACCAGCGCACGGACAGGCUGAAGCUGCGGACCGGCUGGGCAGGCAGAGUGCAGAAGACGCAGGCGUGGAGGAGGCGGGGUACCCGGGCGCAGGAGUGUCCCCAAAACCAGUAAGGAGGACGAGGGACCCCUUAAAACUCAUCCACAUCCUGCUGGCCAUGCUGCCGUCAGCAUCCACUCUCCUCGCUCCCAGGAUAUUCUGGGUCCUCUUGUUGUUGGCCGCCUUCAGGAGUGCUCAGAGUGGAACCUGGGACAACCCCAACUGCACCAAGGGCGUGGUUUCUGUGUUGAGGGGCAAGCCAGCCACGAUGAGCUGCAGCAUCUCCAAUGCCUUCUCCCACAUCAACAUCUCCCUGAAAGCGAACCACACAGCACCCUGGAAGCUCAUCUUCAGUGUAAAGCCCCCAGGAGACUUCUGCCAGGAUGGAUGGCAGCUCCGGAUUUGGGAGGGCGAGGCCCAUCUGGUGACUGAAGAAGCCCAGGACACCCAGGCGGGGCAGUACAAGUGGAGUCUGCAGGGGCGCCAGAGAAAUGUCGAAACCACCACCCUGAACGUCUCAGCAGACCUGCAUUACCCGCCUCUCACACCUCCCACAGGGCCUGGCCCCACCCCCACAGACCCGUGCAUAACGCUGCGCAGUCUCCAGACUGAUCCCAAGGACAAGAGCCAGAUCCCGGUGAUCCUCCCCAUCCUCACCCUGGUCGUCCUCUCCAUCCUGCUGAUCUGCGCGCUGGCCUGGCGACGAAGGCGUGGUUACCCACUCUCCAGGCUCCAGCAGGUAAGGAGGCUCUGAACCCGGAGUACCCAGUGCACCACACUACGCAGAGCGGAAUUGCUGUGGGGAAGACCAGGCCGAGGACUAGAAGCUUGGCAACAUCCUGGCCUCUCCCUAACACACAUGCCAAGGAGGGGUCCUUAGUAGGUCCUGGGGUCCAAAGUACAAAAAUCUCAAGUUCCAAAGCACUUGACCUAACAGGACCCUCCCCCGUCCUCCACCCCACCCAUGCCUAGGCUCCUCCUCUGGACAGGAGUGCCACGCUGCGGUCACCUGGGAGAUGCCCCAGUAUGGGGUCCUCGGCCGAUCAUGCCUUUGGACCAUGAAUAAGACCCUCUUGGACCCUCUUUUCUUUGGACCAUGAAUAAGAACCAGUUUGAGGGACCCUCCAGGAAGCACCUGUGGAACCAAAAUGAGGAUAUCAGUGGCCUGAAAUGAUGCAUGAAGCCUCCUCUACCACCCCCAAAGGGUAGAGCAGCCCCUGUGGAUGGGAGGCUGGACAGGUGGCUGCUGGUGGAAUCUGUGUCCAACCUCCCUGGUCUCCCCCAGACCUCUCUGUCACCUGCCCCACAUGCUGCCCCUUCCUGUUCCCAAAUGUAUAUCAAACAGUACCCCAAACUGUAUAUGUCAGAUGUCUUUACAAAAAAAAAUUUUAUAACUCC